AUGUCGACUUCAGACGAAGAAGAUCCCACUAUCGUCCUUGAUAACGGGUCUUACAAGGUUAAGGCAGGGUACGCCGGAGAUAAUUCUCCGAGGAGUAUAUUUCGGACCUUGGUAGGAACCCCAUUGUAUCAGCACUCUAUGAAUGAAGGAAUGUCGCGGAGAAAAUGUUACGUAGGUGACCAAGUUAUAAAGAACAUGGAUGCCUUGGAUGUUCGAAGACCGAUAGAGCGAGGAAUCGUGACUGACUGGGAUGUCAUGGAGACAGUUUGGCAUCACGUGUUCAGUGAUCUUCGUAUAAACCCUAUAGAUAAUAAUGUUCUUGUAACGGAACCGCUUCUGAAUCCGAUGACAAACAGAGAGAAAAUGGCACAAGUCAUGUUUGAAAAAAUCCAGCCACGAGGAAUGUAUGUUAUUAGUCCCAAUAUUCUGUCGUUGUACGCCUCUGGCCGGAUGACAGGUUUGGUGAUAAAUUCGGGUUAUGAAGUGACAAGUGUUAUAUGUGUGUAUGAGGGAUUUAAAAUAGCUCAGUCCAUCUUCAGAUCCGAUAUUGGCGGCAAUGAUGUUACUAAUUACUUGAUUGAACUUCUGGGGAAAAGAGGUUAUUCGUUUACUACAGAUGAGGAACAAGAGGAAGUACACAUGAUGAAGGAAAUAUGUGCUUACGUUUCAGAAAAUCCGAAAGCGGAGAUGAUGAACAAUGUCAAAACGGAUUAUACUUUAUCGAAUGGAAAUACCAUUCACCUUGGUCACGAAAGGUUCCAGUGUAUGGAGGCUAUGUUUAAACCGGAACUGAUAGGAAGUAAUGCUUAUGGUAUACAUGAACUGAUUGUGAAAAGCAUUGAAGCAUGUCCUAUACAUCACCAAACUGAACUCUGCAGCAAUAUUAUCCUUUCAGGAAGCAAUACGAUGCAGCGAAACAUAGCUUCAAGAGUGGACCAGGAACUGAAGAAGUUAUUGCCAAGUAAUGUUAAAGUCAAAGUGAUCGCGCCUCCAGAGAGACGCAGCUCAACGUGGAUAGGAGGCUCAGUUAUAUGUAGUUUGACUGCAGCAGAAGACAUGUGGAUGAGACCAGCAGAUUAUGACGAGUUCGGGCCUAAUAUAAUUUUUAGGCCAGAAUUUAACAAGUAUGGAUAA